ACUGAUACAACGUACAUUACUAGGAAUACGUUUUUAAAAUGACUGUACAAAGAGAAGCUAUGAUUCGCACCCAUAGCGUUUGCCGGUAAAAUAAGUGAAUAGUUGUGUCGGAUAUCAGCGAACAUCAUGAAAUUAGUAAGGUUUUUGAUGAAAUUGAGCCAUGAGACAGUUACCAUUGAAUUAAAAAAUGGAACCCAAGUUCACGGAACAAUAACUGGUGUGGAUGUCGCUAUGAAUACUCAUCUGAAAGCAGUGAAAAUGACUGUAAAAAACAGAGAUCCAGUACAGUUAGAAACUUUAAGCAUUCGAGGUAACAACAUUCGCUACUACAUCCUACCAGAUUCACUUCCCUUGGAAACGCUUCUAAUAGACGACACUCCAAAAGCGAAAGCAAAGAAGAAGGAAGCUGCACGAGGUGCGAGCCGGGGUAGAGGACGCGGGCGAGCCAGAGGACGAGGUCGUGGAAGAGGUAGAGGAAGGCGAUGAAGGGUCCAUGCAUAUUUGGUGCACGGCGUUUUAGCAGUUUAUGAACGGUUAUACUGCAACUGUGAACUUUGGCACUUUGUCUUGUGAUAAGUGGACUCAAGUGUGGAGCGCUGAAUAAAUGCUGUGUUACUAAAGUGUGUAUCAUAUUCUGAAGUAUGUAAUGAUUCCUGUGACAAAACUUCUUUUAAUGUGACUGUAACAACAUUGUAAUUUGCAGACUUGGUCAGCUCAUUAUUUUCGUUCAUAACGUAUAUAAUCAUUUGAGGUUCUCAUUGGCAAGAAGCAUGAAGGUUGCUGUUUCACAGUUGGAUCCAUUUACCUAAUCAAGAGUUAUCCCACGCGAUUAACGGGACACUAGUCGUGCUUUGUCUUAUAUGAAGCUGUUAUUCUUUCCAGGUCCCACUACAUAUACUUAAAACACGCCCAAUGAAAAUUAAGACAUCAAAAUCAUUAUGUGUUCUUGAUAAUGUUCUGGGUUGUGAUUCUGUGCAGAAACAUAUGGAGGUAGUAUGUCGUUCUACCUACGAGUCUGUGGUGUCAUGACCCAGAAGAAUGCGAUCUUCACAACCAUGAGAACCUCAAAUUUCACAUAAUGGGUUCUUGUUCAUUACCUCUUUGCCAUUAAAAUUUGUGAAAUUCAUUUUUUAUAGUAAAUAAACAAAACAGUAACUACAA